AUAAGAAUUUUUAUUAAGUUUUAAAAUGUUACCUAUUACAAGCGCAACUUUAGAUACAUUUUGUCAUGUUUGUAUGCAGGAUAGUAAAAGAAAAUGUGAUUUAUUAGAUAUUAAUCAAGAAACCAAUCAUCUGCGAAUAUUUCGGAAAAUAUGCAAUUUUAAAACACACAGUGCUUAUCCAAAUAAGAUCUGUAACAGCUGUGCUGUAAGAGUGCAAAUAUUUUAUGAAUUUCAACAAAGGUCCUUAUGUAGCAGCAUGGUAUUAAAAGAGAUUCUUUCAGAAAGACUUUCAGAUAAAAUGAUUCAUAACUUACAAUUGUUUUGUAGAAUUUGUCUCAAAAAGUUUAGAUUUAAAAAGCCUAAAACUGGAAGUGGUGAAACUGUAUACCCUAAUACAAUCGAUGAUUGCGUUGGUAUUAAAAUGGAAAAAGUUGUAAAAGGAACAUAUUAUGAUAGUUGUAUAUAUCCAAAAAAUAUUUGUUUGCGCUGUAAAGCAAAAUUGCAAAAUUUUGCUGAGUUUAAGAAUAUAGCGUGUGAGUCUUUAAAUUAUCUAGAAAACAUUGUGGAAACUGCGAGUGAUAAUAAUAAAUUACAUCGGGAUAAAAACUUAUCAAAGGUUUCACAACUGUUUCUGGGAAUUUUUGCGGAGCAAUUACCAUCUUUACCAAGUAAAGAAUCUAAUUCAAACCAAAUCGAUAGUUUCCAAAAUGAAAAUAGUAACUGCACUGACGAAAGAAUUAUGCCCGUGGAAAAAUAUUUAUCAGUUGCAUCUAUUGAACAAAACGACAAAACAAACUACGAAAAUCUUGAAAAAGGUUUAGAUAAAAAACAUCUGAAUGAAAAAUUCUUAACUAAACAAUUAAAUAAACAUAAAAAUGCCCUUGAUAUAAAUUGUUUAACCAAAAAUGUACACAAAAAUAAUAUUUGUGAUGAAAAUGACAAGAAAUUGCGACUGGAAAAGACUAGUCAAAAAACUAAAAAAUCCUUCAAAUGCGAAGAAUGUGCUAAAAUAUUUCGAAGCAAUUUAAAGUAUGAAGCACAUAUAAAUUUUGAACAUAAAAGUGCAAAUAAACCGUAUAUGUGUGAAUAUUGUCAAAAUUCAUACAGUUUAUAUAAUAGUUUAAUACGACACACAAAAAAUAUACAUACUCACGCAGAUUCUAGAAAACGACCAAAUGAAAAAGAUUACAUAUGCGAACUAUGUGCAAAGAUAUUUAAGAGAAUAUACAAUUUAAAUGAUCAUAUUAUGGCUAUACAUCAAGGACUGCGUCCUUAUAAAUGCCCACAAUGUGAUAAAACAUUUAGUGCACGUAAAACAUUAAAAGUACAUGAAUUAACCCAUUCAGAUCAAAAACAAUUUUCAUGUAAAUUUUGUAAUAAAACAUUUCGACAAGCAACUCUUCUAAAGUAUCAUAUAGAGCAACAUAUAACAAGUCCGGAACUGCUUUGUCCUAUAUGUAAACGAGCAAGAAAAAGUGUGGAGGAUUUAAAAAUACACUUAGAAGAACAUCAGAAAAAAAUGAGACAUUUAUGCACAAAAUGUGGCAAACUGUUUAAUAAAAAAUCGAAUAUGCUGGCACACAUAAAAAGAAUGCAUUUAAAAUGAAAAUAA